AUGAGUACUCAAAUUGCAUCUCCUUCGAGUACAACAUCUUCAUCAUCGGCAGAUGAAACCCCCCACACGAACCCGAAACACCCAAUUUCAAUUGUCGUCAAUGGUCCUCCACCUACAGCAUCAAAUACAACAGAAAUGGAAGAUUUUGAUGGCAUGCUUGAAAUGGUGGAUUUCAAAGCGCUGAAGGACCAAUUUUCAAGCCAUAAUCUUGUUUCGGUGUCAUCAUCGGUCCUGUUGGAUACAGAAAAACUCAUCACCACAAUCAACAUUUUGCUAGAGACAGUAGAGAAACAAGACAGAAACAUUCGUGCUUUGGCAAAGGCCAUUCCGAGAACAUCGUUCAAAAAUCAAUCAUCAUCAACUACACGAACGAAAGAAAAUCAACCGGAACAACAGAAGCCAUCAAUACAGGACGAUCAAAAGCCAACAAAAUCUGUCACACCUCCUCCGAGGAUUGUAGAAAAAGAAACCAUAGUUGUGAAGGAAGAUGACCCUUUUUUGAAAAAUCAACUUCAUCAUUUAAAUAAUGAAUUUGCAGUCAUACAGGAAGAACACUUGCAACAUCAAACAAGACUUACUGAGCUCGAAGAAAUUGUUCAAGAACAAUUAACUCAAGAAAAGAUGAAGGUUGAAAUGAAAAUUGAUGAAGCCAAAGAAAUGAUCAACGUUUUGAAAUUUGAUAAAGAAGAGUUAUUGAGGCAAAUGGUUAAAUUGAGAGAAGACAUGAAAUUGGCUAUUGAUGAAACAACUGGUGAAAUUAAUCAUGAAAUAAGAACAAUCUUACAAAGUUUAGACAUGCACGUAACCAAUUUGAGAGAUGAAUACAGAACACUCAUUUCAUCAAACGCCGAUAAUCUUCAAGGAAAAAUUGACUCUCUCUCACAAAAACUGGGACAAAAUAUGGAUAGUUUUAAGGAAAGAAUGGACUCCCAACGUAAUGACAUUGAGGAAUUAAAGUAUCGAGUCACAAAAACGGAAGAAAAUUUUACAAGAAAAUUGGAAUAUUUAACAGACAAGAUGGAAAAAAACUUUAGACUUCUUGAGAAGGACGUUCUCAAAACAAACUAUGUUGCAAACUUGAUUUAUGACGUAUUCCAAUUGGAUAAACAAACAGUAACGGAUUUGCCUGACACGUAUGUUCAAGAAAAAUUCCAACUCAAGGAAGACAUCGGAAGAUACUCGAAAAUGAGAGCUCAGAAAAAUAGACAAGAAUUGAGGAAAAUCUAUACAGAUAUGCUACUUGUGACUCCCUCUUUUAAGAGUGUAGCAGAGAAUGCAACAAACAACCUUAAUGAGGUAAGGUGGGAGCUCUUGUCGAGAAUGGAUCGUGAGUCUGACCGAACUCGUGAAGAUAUUGACGAUAUCCGAGAGAAUAUGAAACGAUUUGUUACAUAUCCCGAGUUAAAGGCCUCCAUUACAGAAAAUGAUGUUAUCAAAAAAGUGGUCACCGAUGUUGAAAAACACGAGACUAGUAUCCAAAAUUUUUUCAGAAACUACCUCAACAGAGAAGAAAUAUGGGAGGCUUUAAGACAAAAAGCAGACGAAAAAAACAUGGAGCUGAAGGCUGAUCGUAAAAUUGUGAAUGGCCUCUUUGAUUAUCUCAAUGAAAAAUUGAACACAAUUUUAGGAAAAAACACAACCGAGGAAAUGAUGGAAGCGAUCAAGAAUUUAGAGCAAAAACUCCAAAAUAAGGCUGAUAGACAAGAACUGGUCGAUUCACAUCAUACGGUGUACCCUCCAAAUAUUAUUAAUAUUAUCAGAAAAGAUAUUGUACCUGAUGAUUUGAUUGUUGGCAUGGGUCUUUCACAACCAUUCCUCAUGGCCAAGGGAGAAAUGGAAACAAAAACAAGCGGCUACAAAUGCCUCAGUUGCAACCGGCCCUUCACCAAACAACAACCAUGCUCCUCAACAGGAAACUCACCACCUCGACGACAAUUGCAACAGCCCUCGAUACCUUCGCAGCAGCAAGCAUCUACGCAACAACCAAGUGUCACUUCUACAGUUAUCUCGUCCACCAUUGUAAAUCCACUCCAAGCCACCCCAUCAACAACUUGUACAGCAGAUUCAUCAAUUCCAUCAUUACAACCAAGCUCACUAACCACUUCCCUGCCUCAACAAACCUCUUCACUCACUUCGGCACCAUCUAUUCAACCCUCUCUCGUACAAGAUUUUUCAAAAGUCCUCGCUCAACCACCAGCAUCCACACAUGAGACCAAUCACGAACAACAAGCGAGUAGCUCUUCAAGAGUACGUACCGAUCCACCACUUCUUCCUCCGGCGAGCCCUUCAGAUUUCUUUGACAUUCCAAAACUUAAUCUUAAAAAAGUUUUAAAACCUCCCGAUUACGACAAUCCCAUUUUCAGGUAUUCCCUUAAAUCCUCCAGCAGGUCUGUUGAGGAAGAAAUGAUGGAACACACGGAUCGUAUGACAAAUGAAAACGUUGACACUAAUACUCAAGAAAGAUCGGACACCAACCAUUCAGCUCUUUCCGAUAUCGAGCAAAAACCUCCUUCACAAAUGUUCGACAUUCAUUUGCACAUGACAACAACAACACCGACUAUCGAUGAUUCUCAAACAGACUUGAGGCCCAAGCCACCUCGAAGUGCUCCUCUCCAAAUGAGUUUUUCACGCUACUCUGUGAGGUCCCUUAAAGAUGGCAAUGACUCUGCGACGAUACCCUCUCAACCUCUCACUCCAAAACUUGUGAUGAGCGCUCGAGAUAAGGAAAAUGCAUUUUCAAACACGACAUCCAUUCGACCCUUCUCUGCUAAGGAACCCAGUCGUUCCUCCAGAAAUACCUUUUCCCUCAAUGCUGCUGUAUCUGCGAGUCAAAAGCAGCCAAGCGAGCUCAAUAGCUUCCCUUCGACCAAUCCUGUCACUACCUCGAAUUUAUCGUCGUCCUCCUCGUCGACUGGCAAUUUUCGCCAUCUUUUAGUGAUCAAACCAGCCAACAAACAAAGAGACAAUAGAUUUCCAAAAAUUAAAUAA